CCACCUGCGCCCAAGCGGCUGGGCCUCCGCCGGCCGGCGUGGGAGGACCACGGGGUUGGCGGUCCCAGGACCCGCCGAGCUGUUCACGAGGCGUUUACGUUCACCCCCAACGCUAACUCCGCCUAUUUAAUCCCGGCGGCUCUCCCUCGCCCAGUCCUCCUCCCGGCUCCCGCCCGCCCCUUUCACCCUGGUGGUAGGAAACACUCCGGAAUCUAACUCGACGUGUCCGGAAAGCUCUGGCCAGUUUCCCUUUCGUUCUGCGGCCGCUGCCGCCAGCCGCGCGGCUCCCUUCUACCCACGGGCGCAGUCGCCGGGGGGUGAGGCGCCCGGAGGCUGCGGGCUGAGCGGAGGGGCGCCCCGGGCACCAUGCUGGACCCGUCUUCCAGCGAGGAGGAGUCGGACGAGGGACUGGAAGAGGAGAGCCGCGAUGUACUGGUGGCGGCCGGCGGCUCGCAGCGGGCACCCCUGGCCCCAGCUCGGGAAGGGCGGCGGGACGCCCCGGGGCGCGCGGGAGGCGGCGGCGCGGUCAGACCCGUGAGCCCGAGUCCCUCCGUGCUCAGCGAGGGGCGAGACGAGCCCGAACGCCAGCUGGACGAGGAGCAGGAGCGGAGGAUCCGCCUGCAGCUCUAUGUCUUCGUGGUGAGGUGUAUCGCGUACCCCUUCAACGCCAAGCAGCCCACCGACAUGGCCCGGAGGCAGCAGAAGCUUAACAAGCAACAGUUGCAGCUACUGAAAGAACGGUUCCUGGCCUUCCUCAAUGGAGAAACCCAAAUCGUGGCUGAUGAGGCGUUUUGCAAUGCAGUUAGGAGUUACUAUGAGGUUUUUCUGAAGAGUGACAGAGUGGCCAGGAUGGUUCAGAGUGGAGGAUGUUCCGCUAAUGACUUCAGAGAGGUGUUUAAGAAAAACAUAGAAAAACGGGUGCGGAGUUUGCCAGAAAUUGAUGGCUUGAGCAAAGAGACAGUGCUGAGUUCAUGGAUAGCCAAAUAUGAUGCUAUUUACAGAGGCGAAGAGGAUUUGUGCAAACAGCCAAGUAGAAUGGCCCUAAGCACUGUGUCUGAACUUAUUCUGAGCAAGGAACAACUUUAUGAAAUGUUUCAGCAGAUUCUGGGUAUUAAAAAACUAGAACACCAACUCCUUUAUAAUGCAUGUCAGCUGGAUAAUGCAGAUGAACAGGCAGCCCAAAUCAGAAGGGAGCUGGAUGGUCGCUUACAACUGGCAGAGAAAAUGGCAAAGGAAAGAAACUUCCCCAAAUUUAUAGCAAAAGAAAUGGAGGCAAUGUGUAUAGAAGAGCUGCGGUCUUCAGUGAAUUUGCUAAUGGCCAAUUUGGAAAGUCUUCCAGUUUCGAAAGGUGGUCCAGAAUUUAAAUUACAAAAAUUAAAACGUUCACAGAAUUCUGCAUUUUUGGACAUUGGAGAUGAAAAUGAGAUUCAGCUGUCAAAGUCCGACAUUGUGCUGUCAUUCACCUUAGAGAUUGUCAUAAUGGAAGUACAGGGUUUGAAGUCAGUUGCUCCCAAUCGAAUUGUUUACUGUACAAUGGAAGUGGAAGGAGGAGAGAAACUGCAGACAGACCAGGCUGAAGCCUCAAGACCACAAUGGGGAACUCAAGGAGAUUUCACCACUACCCACCCUCGACCUGUAGUCAAAGUAAAACUCUUCACCGAAAGCACUGGGGUCCUGGCCCUUGAGGAUAAAGAACUGGGAAGGGUGGUAUUAUACCCAACAUCUAAUAGCUCCAAGUCAGCUGAGUUGCACCGAAUGAUAGUUCCAAAAAAUAGCCAGGACUCUGACUUAAAAAUCAAAUUGGCAGUGCGAAUGGAUAAACCACCACAUAUGAAACAUAGUGGAUACCUGUACGCCCUUGGACAGAAGGUUUGGAAAAGAUGGAAGAAACGUUACUUUGUUCUUGUGCAGGUCAGCCAGUACACCUUUGCUAUGUGCAGUUACAGAGAAAAGAAAUCUGAGCCACAGGAAUUUAUGCAGCUCGAAGGAUACACUGUGGAUUAUACAGAUCCCCACCCAGGCCUUCAGGGUGGUCACAUGUUCUUUAAUGCUGUUAAAGAAGGAGACACUGUAAUAUUUGCCAGUGAUGAUGAACAGGAUAGAAUAUUAUGGGUUCAAGCCAUGUAUAGGGCCACAGGUCAAUCAUAUAAGCCUAUUCCUGCAAUUCAAACCCAGAAGCUGAAUCCUAAAGGAGGAACUCUACAUGCAGAUGCUCAGCUUUAUGCAGACCGUUUUCAGAAACAUGGUAUGGAUGAGUUUAUUUCUGCAAAUCCUUGCAAGCUUGACCACGCCUUCCUUUUUAGAAUACUCCAGAGGCAAACUUUGGAUCACAGGCUGAAUGAUUCCUAUUCUUGCUUGGGUUGGUUCAGCCCUGGCCAAGUCUUUGUGUUAGAUGAGUACUGUGCCCGUUAUGGUGUGAGAGGCUGUCACAGACAUCUCUGCUACCUUACAGAACUGAUGGAACACUCAGAAAAUGGUGCUGUCAUUGACCCAACCCUGCUCCAUUACAGCUUUGCAUUCUGCGCCUCUCAUGUGCAUGGCAACAGGCCUGAUGGAAUUGGAACUGUUUCAAUGGAAGAAAAAGAGAGAUUUGAGGAGAUAAAAGAAAGACUCUCUUCCCUUUUAGAAAAUCAGAUAAGCCAUUUCAGAUACUGUUUUCCCUUUGGACGACCUGAAGGUGCUCUGAAAGCUACACUUUCAUUACUUGAAAGGGUUUUGAUGAAAGAUAUUGCCACUCCCAUCCCAGCAGAAGAGGUGAAAAAAGUGGUCAGAAAAUGUCUGGAGAAAGCUGCCUUGAUCAAUUACACUAGACUCACAGAAUACGCCAAAAUAGAAGGUCAGUGCAGUGAGCAAUUGCCCAAGAGGGAACUUAAACAAGCGCUGCACCUUUCUUUGCUGUGUAUAGAAGUAAUAAAACAAAAUAAAAGAUCUGAGGCUGAGAUCAGGGACGCAUUUGCCUGGUGGCCCGAUUUAUUGGCGGAGCAUGCAGAGAAAUUUUGGGCAUUGUUCACAGUGGAUAUGGAUACUGCACUGGAGGCUCAACCACAAGACUCCUGGGAUAGUUUUCCUCUUUUCCAACUGCUUAAUAAUUUCCUCAGAAAUGACACACUUUUAUGUAAUGGAAAAUUUCACAAACACUUGCAAGAAAUCUUUGUACCCUUGGUUGUCCGCUACGUUGAUCUCAUGGAGUCCUCCAUCGCCCAGUCCAUUCACAGAGGUUUUGAGCAAGAGACAUGGCAGCCGGUCAAGAAUAUCGCCAACAGUCUUCCCAAUGUAGCUCUUCCAAAAGUUCCAAGUCUGCCUCUUAAUCUUCCACAGAUUCCUAGCUUUUCUACUCCUUCGUGGAUGGCUUCUUUAUAUGAGUCCACCAAUGGCUCAGCAACAUCAGAAGACCUUUUCUGGAAACUUGAUGCCCUGCAAAUGUUUGUCUUUGAUCUACACUGGCCAGAACAAGAAUUUGCCCACCACUUAGAGCAAAGACUUAAACUAAUGGCCAGUGAUAUGAUAGAGGCCUGUGUCAAAAGAACAAGAACUGCAUUUGAACUCAAGCUGCAGAAGGCAAGCAAAACGACUGACUUACGCAUUCCAGCUUCCAUGUGUACAAUGUUUAAUGUCUUGGUUGAUGCCAAAAAGCAAAGCACCAAACUCUGUGCCCUGGAUGGAGGACAGGAGCAACAGUACCAUUCAAAAAUAGAUGAUUUGAUUGACAACAGUGUAAAAGAAAUCAUUUCACUGCUAGUUUCAAAGUUUGUUUCAGUGUUGGAAGGGGUGUUAUCUAAGCUGUCAAGAUAUGAUGAAGGCACUUUCUUUUCAUCCAUUCUGUCAUUCACUGUGAAAGCAGCUGCAAAAUAUGUUGAUGUUCCCAAACCAGGAAUGGAUCUGGCAGACACCUAUAUUAUGUUUGUUCGGCAAAACCAGGAUAUUCUUCGAGAAAAGGUCAAUGAGGAAAUGUAUAUAGAAAAGUUGUUUGAUCAAUGGUACAGCAGUUCCAUGAAAGUCAUUUGUGUGUGGUUGACUGAUAGAUUAGACCUUCAGCUUCAUAUCUACCAACUGAAGACUCUCAUCAAGAUUGUGAAGAAAACCUAUAGGGACUUCCGAUUGCAGGGUGUGUUGGAAGGCACACUGAACAGUAAGACCUAUGAUACUCUACACAGACGUUUAACAGUAGAGGAGGCUACAGCCUCUGUUUCAGAAGGAGGCGGACUUCAGGGCAUUACGAUGAAAGACAGUGAUGAAGAAGAAGGCUGAAAACAUACUGCUUUGUAGAAGGAAGGAGGACCUUGACGUUGUUUAUUUUGUACCUUGUCCUUGUAAUUACAUUGAUUGUUUGGACCAAAUAAAAAUGCUUGUGUUUCACUCCACAUUUAAAAAAGUAAACCUGGAAGCAAAGUUAGAGGGGGAAAAUGCAAAAGCUCUUUUUUUUUUUUGAAUAUCAGCCUCUUUAGUGUAGCUUGAUCCAAAAUGAGUUUCGGCUCUGUUUAUGAUUGGAACAUGAACUUUUUUUUUUUAGAAGAUUUAACUUCUUUUUCUGUAGUCAUAUCAAAGUAGUGUCCUGUGUCUGAAGUGAGAUAAUGUAUUUCUCAUAAUACAACACUGUGAGAAGAAGCCACUUCUGAUCACUGUGCAAGCUCUAUCCUACCCUUGUUAAAAUGGUGUGCUUGACAGUUUUUCAUUUAUGUACAAGGUUUCAUAGUUAAUUUGCCACUGUUGUGAUGUGUGUAAAAACUUUAACCUUGGUUCUUAAAUACUCUGAAUUGGUCUGCGGGUAUAUUCCUGGGCUUAAAGUAUUGCCACAGCCAAAUAUAGUCUAGAUUACCCAGUGGGCUUGUGUUUUGUUCCGUUCUGAACAUUUCUUCCUUAAAGUGUAAAAAAAAAAUCCUAAAGUGUGGGGUAAUAAUGUGUGCUGCCAUCAAGGUACCAUAUUCUCCUACUUCUAAGUGUAACAGCUUGCAGGCAAUAAAAAUCCAUUUGGUCAUAACCACUUCUGUAUGUAUUAGACUUGUAUAAAUUAAAUGCAGUAAAAAAAUGUUUGCAGUAUUACAAACAUUC